AUGAUAAUAUGCAAGAAAAACAGAAGAAAUGACAAUUACCCUUAUAAUAAGGAACAUCCUAUCAGAAAAUGGUUUCAGAGCCUUCGUUUCGUGGGUUUGAUCCUCACCGUUCCCCACUUUCUCUUGUGGAAUUUCUUAGCAGAUAAGUGGAAGGAUUAUAGGAGGAAAGUGUUGUUUGGCAAGAAAAUGUUCCUCCAAAUUAUGUUGUGUUUGUCCUUGAUUGGUCUUAGUUCCCAAACACUACAUAGUCACUACAAUUUUGUUGUGAAAGAAGCAAGGUAUACAAGGCUCUGUUCAACAAAAAGCAUAUUGACUGUGAAUGGAAAAUUUCCAGGGCCAACUAUAAGUGUCCACAAGGGUGAUACAGUUUAUGUUAAUGUUCAUAACAAGGGCAAAUACAACAUCACUUUACACUGGCAUGGUGUGAAGCAGCCAAGGAAUCCAUGGACAGAUGGUCCUGAAUACAUUACUCAGUGCCCCAUCCAACCUGGAGGGAAAUUCAGACAGAAGAUAGUUUUUUCUACAGAAGAAGGGACCUUAUGGUGGCAUGCUCACAGUGACUGGACAAGAGCCACUGUCCACGGAGCUAUAAAAAUCUAUCCAAGAAAGAAUAGUACCUACCCUUUUCCCAAACCUGAUGCAGACAUUCCCAUCAUAUUUGGAGAAUGGUGGAAAAAUGAUGUCAAUAAGGUCUACAAAGAAUCUAUUGAAACUGGAGGAGGCCCAAACAUAUCCGAUGCUAUCACUAUUAAUGGUCAACCUGGGGAUUUAUUCCCUUGCUCAAGAUCAAAAACAUUCAAGUUAAAUGUAGACCAAGGCAAGACUUAUCAUCUCCGCAUUAUUAAUGCCGCGAUGAAUCUCAUUCUCUUUUUCUCUGUUGCCAAACACAACCUCACUGUUGUUGGAGCUGAUGCUAUGUACACCAAGCCAAUAACAAGGGAUUACAUAUGCAUAUCUCCAGGACAAACAAUGGAUGUGUUGUUGCAUGCUAACCAAGAGCCUAAUCACUAUUAUAUGGCUGCAAGGGCAUAUUCAACAGGAGUUGUUGGUUUUGAUAACUCUACAACCACUGCUAGAGUCCACUACAGUGGGAAUUAUGAUCCACCUUUAUCUCCUACAUUACCUUAUCUUCCAAAAAAUAAUGACACACAUGCAGCUUUUGAUUUCAUCAGAAGUAUUAGAGGCUUACCUCUGAAAUUUCCGCACAACGUCCCAAAAAAUAUCAAAAAUCAUAUAGUGACUACAAUUUCUGUUAACACCUUCCCAUGCCCCAAUGGAAAAUCCUGCCAGGGACCAAAUGGAACCAUUUUUGCGGCUAGCAUGAACAAUAUAAGUUUUGAAACCCCUAGAUUUGACAUACUAGAAGCCUAUUACUACCAUAUCAAAGGGGUAUUCAGAAAGGGAUUUCCCAGAUUACCACCAUUGAUAUUUAACUUCACUGCAGAUGUUUUGCCUCUAACCUUGAGUGUUCCCAAGCGAGGGACUAAGGUUAUUGUUCUGAACUAUGGUUCAACAGUGGAAGUUGUUAUCCAAGGGACAAACGUGGUUGGAGGAGUAGACCAUCCUAUUCAUCUCCAUGGAUUCAGUUUCUUUGUUGUUGGAUAUGGAUUUGGUAAUUUCAACAAAAGUAAGGACCCCAUGAGUUACAAUCUCAUUGAUCCUCCUAUGUUGAAUACAGUGAUUGUGCCUGUAAAAGGCUGGGCUGCCAUCAGGUUCGUGGCUACCAACCCUGGAGUAUGGUUCAUGCAUUGCCAUCUAGAACGCCACCUCUCUUGGGGCAUGGAGACAGUGUUUAUUGUGAAGAAUGGCGAACUAUUAAAUGAAACAUUACCACCUCCACCCCCAGACAUGCCCCCGUGUUAA